AUGUCGUCAGAUAUGUCAAAGGAAAACAUUUCACAACUAAAGUAUGAAGGAGAAUCAGGGAAGGAUCUAAAAAUUAAUAAGUGGAUUGUAUUAGUUUUAUAUUCCAUAGUAUCUUCACUUGCUACAUUUGUUCAUGCUGGAUUUAGUGGAUGGCAACCUAUAAUAUACAAGACGGGUGCUUUUUCUGAAUUAUGUAAGGAAGGUGAUGAAGUGCAAAUAUUUAAAGUAGAUGAGAAUAUAUCAUAUAAUUCAUGUGGUAAUAGAGAUGCAGCUAUAAAUAAUUUAUUUACAUUAUCAUUCUUUUUACAUUUUUUCUUAUCAUCAAUGAGUGGAUUUAUUUUAGAUACAUUUGGAGAGAAAGUAUGUUUCUUAUGUGGACAAAUUAUAUUAGCUUUAGCUUUUUUUUCAUUAGCAGUAUUAAAAUUUUCAUACGUAUGGUAUAUAUUCUUUUUCUUAUUGGGUGUAUCAGCUGAUUUGUCGUUUAUACCUUUGUUAAAAAUAUCUAAAUAUUUCCCAGGACAAGAAUCAUUAAUAUUUGGAAUUUUAGGCUCAGCUAGAUCUACUGGUUUUGCUGUAGGUUUAUUAUUAAAAAUUGCUUUCUUUUAUUUAUUUAAAUUUGGUGAUAAUGAGUUUUAUAUAUUAUGUGUAAUUUAUUUAUGCACAUGUAUAUUAUUCUCAUUUCUUGUGGGUAUAUUUAUUAUGCCUGGUAAAAGUACUAAUAUUAAAUUAUCAAUACAAGGGCAAGAUAAUAUACAAAUUAAUAGUGAGCGUGCUACUGGAUCAUCAAUGACAGAUAAAAAUAAAAAUAAUAUGAACAAUAAUAAUAAUAAUAAUAAUGGUAUAUAUGAAGAAAUGGAAAACUUAGAAAGUGGUAGAAGAUCAUCAGUUAAUAUGUCAGAAAGAAAUAUUUCAUCUAAACAACAAGUUAAUAAUACAUCUCUUUUUGAUUAUAUAAAAUCAUUAUGGGCACAUCCACAAAAAUGGGAAUAUUUAAUAACAGUUUUUAUAUGUAGUUCAAGUAUGAUCAGAUUUGAUUAUUUUAUUAAAACAAAUAGAUCUUUCUUUAUGACUACUGCAUAUGAUCUAACAACAGUAUUUUCAUUAUCAACAGUUUUAUCAUUCUUGCCAUCACCACUCUUUGGAUAUAUAAGUGGAAAAUUAGGUUCUAUAUAUGGAAUAUUAAUUAAUAAUUUAUUUAUAUUAUUAACAUAUGUAUGUGUUUUAUUUAAUCCUAUAUUAUUCAAAUAUAUGGCUAUAUUCUUAUUCUUCUUCUUCAUAUCAUUUGCCUUUUCAUGUUUCUACUGUUAUGUUGAUGAAAAAUAUUCAAAAGAACAUUUUGGAAAAUUAUGUGGUAUUAUGUUUGCUGUAAGUGCAAUAUGUUUGAGUAUCAAUUUUUAUUUGACAUACCUAACAGAUGUUGUAUAUGCUAAACUAGGAGAAAACAAACACUUGCCAGUCACAUACGGAUUGAAUGUCUUGGGUCUUGUUUCUUUGAUGGGAUGUAUAUAUUUGAAGGUCUCAGAAAAGAAAAAGGCAAAAAAUUAA